ACAAAUUCAAUUGCGAUUCAGCCUUCUUUCGAAGCGGUUCAGGCGCUCGCGAUAAGACCCCAUAUAUAUGCUAUACUAUAUAGCCGAUCCACACAAACAGUCAAAGCGAUUCGCGAUAAAAGCACUACCAAGUGAGAGCCCGUCAAAGUCGUUAAAAGCAUUUCGGCCAAGUGCACCAACCGCAGAAACGUCGCGUUAGCCAACUAACUCAGUACCCCAAAUAAAAAACAGAAGUGUUUCAAAAACAAUUUCCCAAAAAUAUUAAAUAUUUUGCGGAAUAAAAAUACAAACAAUGCCAAAAGCGUCUUAACCCAGAAAACAUUAUGUCGAUUGUCUGCACGCUGGAACAGAAAGUGAACUUUUUCAAAGCGGCUGCAACGACCAAGAAUCUGUUGAUACUCAAAAACAAUACGGAUACCAACUACAGUAACUACAAGGAUAACACCAGCAACAGCAAAUUUCCCCGAAUCCAGCAGCAGAGCAACCCAAGCCACCUGCAACAGCAGCAGCAGCUGCAGCAGAAGCUAGCGCAGUUGCAACACUUUCCCUACGGGCCACGCCCCCACACCGGAGGCAAGGAGGAGACGCUGCUCCUGCUAGCACCGCCGGCCAAGUUUUACCCGGAGUCAGCGGGCCCAACAGCAAUGCCCGAGGUCCUCAGCGGCACGCCCACCAACAGCCACAACAAAGCCAACAUCGCCAUGAUGAACAACGUCCGACUGUCGAACAUAUCGCCGACUUUGUCGAUGAACGGCAGCUCCAACGAGGCAACUAAUUUGCAUCCCCUUUCCAUGUACGGAGGCUCCAUCAGUCCGCAGUCGAAUGACAGCGGCAUGUCCGACAGUCUGGGCAAGUUUGUCCCGGGAAGUGGCUAUGGAGAUGGGAUGAUGGGCCAGUCGCCCUCGCAGGGAGGCAAUGGACCCCAAUCGGCGUUGACUGCCGCACAGAAGGAGCUCUUCUCGCAAAGAAAGCAACGGGAAUUCACGCCAGACAACAAAAAGGACGAGAGCUACUGGGAUCGGAGGAGAAGGAACAACGAGGCGGCCAAGAGGAGCCGGGAGAAGAGGCGCUACAAUGAUAUGGUUUUGGAGCAGCGGGUGAUCGAACUCACCAAGGAGAACCACGUGUUGAAGGCCCAACUGGACGCCAUCAGGGAUAAGUUCAAUAUCUCCGGGGAGAAUCUGGUCAGUGUGGAGAAGAUACUGGCCUCCCUGCCCACCAGCGAGCAGGUGCUGAGCAACACAAAGCGGGCCAAGAUGAGCGGCAGUGGCUCCUCAUCCGGUUCCUCACCAGCGGGCAGUGGAUCCGGUGAGGGAUCCCCGCCAGGUGGCCACAAUGGCUAUCCGGUGGGUCCUCCACUUUCUCCGCUGAUCUACGGACCCAAUGGCAAUGCCCGAGUGGAAGCCACCGUGAAGAGUGUCCACCAUGUGCAGCACGCUGGAGUUCCGCCUCCGCCAACGCACCUGCAACAGUUGGUGGUGCCCCAACCUCAGCCGCAGCAUCUCUACCAGCCACAGUCGCAGCAGCAGCAGCAGCAGUCGCAUCAGCCGCACCAGCAGCAGAUUCCCCAGCCGCAGCAGCAGCAGCAGCAACAGCAGCAGCAGCAGGAGCCUAGUCCCAGUGGCGGUUCCUCGUCGCCAGCCAUCUCCGAUCCGCACAACCGCCCGCCCAGCAGCACCAUCGCCAAUCUCCAAGUGCAACUGCAGCAGGCGCUCAACCGAAAUGUGCGACCCGAGGAUCUGGACAGCCUGCGCAAGGCGGUGGCUGCCGGAGCACUCUACAAUGCAGCCGCCGUGGUCGGAGGAGGAGCUCCACCACCGCCACCGCCGGCUGGUCUCUAUGUGCCCGCUCCCAGCGCCUACAAGGAUCAUCUGGAGGUGGCGGCCGCCGCCUGGAGUCACAACGUGGAGGCAGCCGUGAGCAGCAGCGCCGUGGAUGCGGUGAGCAGCUCAUCCGUUUCGGCCAGUGCCACCAGUGUCCUGAAUCUUUCCCGCCGCGCCUGCUCGCCCAGCUACGAGCACAUGCUGUCCUCCACCACCUCCUCCACACUCUCCUCCGCCUCCUCGUCGGGCGCUGUUUCUGGGGAUGAUGAGCAGGAGCACGAGCCCGCUCCUCUCCAGCUCCAGCGGAGCAGUCCGCAGCAGGGCAGCGAUGCCAACAACUGCCUGCCCCUCAAGCUGCGCCACAAGUCCCACUUGGGUGACAAGGAUGCGGCGGCCACGGCGCUGUUGUCCCUGCAGCACAUCAAGCAGGAACCCAACUGCAAUCGCGCUUCGCCACCAGCUUGGAACGAUGGCGGUGACAACUCCAGCGACGAGAGGGAUUCGGGUAUUUCCAUCGCCAGUGCGGAGUGGACGGCGCAGCUGCAGAGGAAGCUGCUGGCGCCCAAGGAGACCUCCACUGUGGUCUCCAGUGCCGAGCGGGAUCAGCUGCUCAAGUCGCAGCUGGAGCGCUUGGAGUCCGAGGUGGCCAGCAUUAAGAUGAUCCUGGCGGAGUAAAGAAACCGCCAAAAGAAGGAGCAGUGAAGUGGGAUCCAGAGGAGGAUCAUGAUCUAAAUCUGAAUCUAAAUCCGAAUCUGGAUCAGGAGAGAGAGCGAAGAGACAGAGACCUUGAGAGGAUCAGUAGAUGGCAGAGCAGAGAGUUCCAUGGCGCCAGUAGUUCUCCUGGAGGGAAGAAACCUUUAAAGUAUAUAUUAUAUAUGGGAGAAGUCCAAAACAGAGUGUUAACUAUCGGAUAUCAAAGCAUACUACUCUAUAUCUCUAUGUAUAACUCUGUGUGUAUGUUUAUCUAUCCACUGUAUUUGAGUCUUGUAAUCGUAAAUGUUUAACUAUAUAGAUCUCGUCAAAAAACUCGGAGCUAAACAAAAUCCUUAGGGUCUUCGGACCGAAAAGAGUUUCAUAUUUAACCUGUUUAUAAACAAACACGCUAUUCGUUUGCAAAAGCUGACAAAGGUGACCCCGUAAAACUUUGGGGUGACCCCAAAAAGCUUUUGUUCUCUUAUGCAUCCCAAGUUUCCUUAUGCACAGCGAAAGUGGAGAAAGAUGAAAUAUUAUAUAUUCGUAGGCAAAAGUUACCAAGUAUUUGCUGUUGUACAUAUUACACAAUUAAUUAUACUUACUAUUAUUAUUAUUAUUCUAUUAUUCCUAUCGUGUACAUAAUUUUAGUUGCAAGCUAAGCUUAUUUUAUUUUAUUUUAUACUAUUGUGUAGUAAAGCAAACAUAUACAUUACACCUAAGCGUAUAGCACAUUCAAAGCGUGAGAGACGAAAGAAAUCUGAGAAAGAAUCAAUGAAUAUAUAUUCUGCAAUAAAUAAUUUUAAAUAUAAUACCUUAA